CAUUUUAACGUGGUGCAUUUUGAUCUGCUGGUUGUAAACGUUUCUUCGGUUGGAUAGCACUGAUUUCUACCACACUAAUCGGCCUAAUUGGAAUGAGUUGUGUUUCCUGAAAAUGGAAUACAAGGGAUUCUCGUUCUCUGCAUCGAUGUUCGGACUGCCUUUGUUUCUUAUCCUGCUGCACACCAGCUAUGGAGACGUUAACUAUUCUGUUCUGGAGGAGAUGAAACGCGGAUCUGUUGUCGGAAAUAUAGCCAAGGAUCUGGGACUGGAUGCAAAACGACUUGUAUAUCGGAAAGCUCGUUUAGAUGUUCAAGGUAGCAGCAAGCGUUAUUGUGAAAUCAAUCUGAAUAAUGGUGAUAUGGUCAUCGCUGAAAUAAUAGACAGGGAGCAGCUUUGCGGUAGGAGGAUUUCAUGCACCUUAAAAUACGAGAUGGUUCUGGAAAAUCCUUUAGAAUUACAUAACAUAAUCUUACAGGUAGAAGAUAUUAAUGACAAUAGCCCACAAUUUGGGGAAGACAACGUUACGUUUGAUAUCCGAGAGUCAGCAGUCAAAGGCGCUCGAUUUUCGGUGAAUCCGGCUCAUGAUGCAGAUAUAGGACUGAACGCUGUUCAAAGCUACACACUACAAAGGAACGACCAUUUUAGCCUGGCUGUUCAUACCAACCCAGGUUCUGAAAAGUAUGGUGAGCUUGUGUUAGACACAGAGUUAGAUCGAGAACAAAAGCAGGAGGUGACAUUAAUACUUACUGCGGUUGACGGUGGGACUCCACGGAGAUCUGGUACUGUAGUCAUACACGUCACUGUGUUGGAUGCUAACGAUAAUACACCAGUGUUUAGCCAGAACGUCUAUAAGGUCAGUGUACCAGAAAAUGCUCCAUUAGGUUCAUUAGUUGUUACUGUAACAGCCAUCGAUGCAGACGAGGGGGCAAAUGGAGAAGUGACGUACGGAUUUGGACCAAUCUCAGAAGAAUUAAAUAAAAUAUUUUCUCUUGACCCUAAAACGGGAGACAUCAGGAUAGCAGGACAGAUGGAUUUUGAAGAAGAAUCCAUUCAUGAAUUGCGGAUCAAAGCCAAAGAUGGCUCGGGAUUGACUUCCUUUGCCAAAAUAUUCAUAGAAAUUACAGAUGUUAAUGACAACGCCCCAGUGAUAUCUCUUACAUCCUUGACCAAUCCCAUCCCAGAGAACCUGUUACCUGGCAGAGAGGUGGGCAUCAUUAAUGUAUUGGAUAAGGACUCUGGGGGAAAUAGACAGGUCCGCUGCUCCAUUCAACAAAAUGUUCCUUUCAAACUAAACCCCUCAAUAAAAAACUACUAUUCUUUGGUAACAACUAGUGAAUUAGACCGAGAGAACAUUUCAGAUUAUAACAUAACUAUCACUGCCACUGACGAGGGGUCUCCACCUUUAUCCUCCUCGAAGACUAUUCAUUUAUCUGUGUCAGACGUGAAUGACAACCCACCAGUGUUUGAGGAGCAAUCCUACAGCGCCUAUGUGACUGAAAAUAACAAGCCUGGCUCCUCUGUGUGUUCUGUUACUGCCAGAGACCCAGACUGGAGACAGAACGGCACGGUGGUCUAUUCUCUAUUGCCCAGUGAUGUCAACGGUGUUCCGGUGUCCUCAUAUUUUUCCAUUAACGGAGACGCGGGGGUGAUCCAUGCUGUGAGAACAUUUGAUUAUGAGAAGUUUAGGAGCUUCAAGGUCCACGUUGUAGCCAGAGACAAUGGUUCUCCUCCACUCAGCAGUAACGUGACAGUGAGUGUCUUCAUAACAGAUGAGAAUGAUAACUCUCCCCAGAUAUUAUACCCUGCUCCAGCAGGGAACUCCUUGAUGACUGAGAUGGUCCCCAAAGCUGCUCUGGCGGGGUCCCUGGUUUCCAAGGUGAUAGCUGUGGAUGCCGACUCUGGACAAAACGCGUGGCUUUCAUAUCACAUCGUGAAAUCGGCUGAUCCGGGACUUUUCACUGUUGGUCUCCACAGUGGAGAGAUCAGGGCCCAGCGGGACAUUUCUGAAUCUGACGAUAUGAAGCAAAACCUUGUUAUAUCAGUGAAAGAUAACGGACAGCCCUCUCUAUCAACAACUUGUGAUGUAUAUUUACUCAUAUCAGAUAACUUGGCUGAAGUUCCAGAACUGAAAGACAUGACUUAUGAGGAUAGUUCCAAACUUACUUCCUAUUUGAUCAUCGCACUGGUCUCUGUCUCCACCUUUUUCCUUACUUUCAUUAUUCUCAUCCUGGCCGUGAGGUUCUGCCGCAGUAGAAAGCCUAGAAUGUUGUUUGAUGGAGCAGUCGCCAUUCCCAGCGCUUAUUUCCCUCCCAACUAUGCAGAGGUGGAUGGAGCUGGAACUCUGCGCAGUUCUUAUAACUAUGAUGCAUACCUGACAACGGGCUCACGCACCAGUGACUUCAAGUUUGUCAGAUCUUACAAUGACAGCACGCUGCCUGCUGAUCUUACACUGAAGAGAAGCCCAACAAAGUUAUUAGAAGGAAGUAUCAUCGCACUCAACACUGCAGGGGAGCCUAUUGAGGUAAGACCGAACUAA